CGAUUGGUUGAUCUUACUCAAAUCCUGUUCAAUGGAAACUGGUGGAAACGUAGUCAUUGAUCGUUCUAUUUAUUGUGUAUUGAAAUGUUAAUUUUAAUUUAUAGAUUUUAUUACAAUGUAUGGUACCUCGUAUCAUCUAUUCAGAAAUUUGUAAUACCAUAUAGGAAUGGCAUUACACUCCAUAAUUUCAUGACACGAGCGGGGUAGACAAACUGACAGUGAAGUGUCAUUGGGGGAUGAUUUAUUUUAAAUAAACGUUUUCAUUUAUUUUAUCACGGAAAUUGAUAAUAACAUAAAAGAUGCCUACUGACAUCGUCGAAUUACUGCGUCAGCCAGAAAUGACUAAAAUUUGUGCACCCAUGGUUCGCUAUAGCAAACUCGACUUCAGGAGACUAGUGAGGAAAUAUAAUUGUCAGCUUUGCUUCACUCCGAUGAUCCUAGCAGAUUCAUUUGUACGCUCUGCCAAAGCUCGUGAUAAUGAAUUCACUACGGAUAACGAUGAUAGACCUCUCGUAGUACAGUUUGCUGCCAAAGAUCCAGAGGAAUUUCUUGGAGCAGCUCAAAUGGUUGCACCAUACUGUGAUGGAGUGGAUCUCAAUUGUGGCUGUCCACAGCGAUGGGCUAUCAAGGAUGGCUAUGGGGUAGAUCUUCUUAGCAAACCGGAGCUUGUAAAGGAUUUAGUAUCCCAGGUUAGAAAUAGGAUCCCUACUCCAUUUAGUGUCUCAGUAAAAAUAAGACUUCUGAAGGAUAUUAGAAAGACUGUUGAAUUCUGCAGAGUUUUAGAGAAGGCUGGAGUGUCUUUUUUAACUAUACAUGCAAGAACACCACAGAUGCGCAAUGAUCCCAUAGAUCUUUUAGGAUUAAAAGUUGCUAUGAGUUCAGUUCAUAUACCCCUAAUAGCUAAUGGUGAUGUUAAAAGUUUAACAGAUGCUCAUAAUUUAUAUGAAGAGGUUGACUGCAAUGGAAUUAUGGCUGCUAGCGGAAUAUUAACAAAUCCAGCUUUGUUCUCUGGUGCAGAAAGUACACCAUUGAGUUGUAUUCAAGACUGGAUACGAUCACUGGCUCCUAGUCAACGUGGUAAAAGGCCAUUGCUUUCUGAUGUAAAUGCACAAUUGCCAAGAGUUAAUUCCUUACAAGAUGUAACUCAAAAAGAAAAAAAGCCUCGACGUGAUAUAAAGAAGAAUAUACAUAUUGCCGAGAGUAAGGCUGUGGUACUUUCAGCCAAUGAUGUCUCUGUUACUCAGGAAGUCAUAUCAGAUCAUGAGGACCGAGUCAGGAAACUUCUCAGUAAACCAUUCAAAAUCCCUAUACCUGGAUACCGACUCUCUGGACGUGCACUAGGUACGAAACUUUCAGGGCCACGAAGAGCUUGUCAUGAUCCAAAUGAAGCAAAUGCUCUAAUCGUUUAUACUCCACCAGAAGUAUCAGAGCACGACAGGCUUAAACUUGAUGAGAGCAAACAACUUGUUCAUGUUGUGGUCGAUCCAUUACUUUGUGAUAUUCUACGACCCCAUCAAAGGGAAGGUGUGAAAUUCAUGUAUGAAUGUGUCACUGGUAAACGCAUAGAGAAUGCAUAUGGCUGUAUAAUGGCUGAUGAAAUGGGAUUGGGUAAAACUCUACAGUGCAUAACACUAUUAUGGACACUGCUAAAGCAAGGUCCAGAAGCUAAACCCCUUAUUGAGAAGGCAAUAAUAGUGGCGCCCAGUUCCCUAGUAAAAAACUGGUACAAUGAAAUCUUCAAAUGGCUUCAGAAUCGUGUGAAACCUUUAGCUAUUGAUGGUGGAAGCAAGAACGAUAUAGAUCUGAAACUCACUGGAUUUAUGAAAACUUAUGGACGCAGAUGUGCCACUCCAAUUUUAAUAAUAAGCUACGAGACCUUUCGCCUGCAUGCUCACGUUUUGCACCAGGAUGAAGUCGGUCUCGUUCUCUGCGACGAAGGGCAUCGCUUGAAGAAUUCCGAAAACCAAACUUAUCAAGCUUUAAUGGGGCUCAAAGCGAAACGCAGAGUUCUUCUGAGUGGAACACCAAUACAGAACGAUCUUCUAGAAUACUUUUCUCUGGUACACUUUGUUAAUCAGGGUCUCCUAGGGACCGCUCAGGAAUUCCGAAGGAAAUUCGAAACGCCCAUUCUUCGUGGUCAAGAUGCUGGAGCUUCAGAUUCUGAGCGGAAACUUGCUCAGGAACGUCUGAACGAAUUAGUAACUGUAGUAAAUAAAUGUCUAAUUCGAAGAACGAGUGCUCUGUUGUCAAAAUAUUUGCCAGUAAAGCAUGAGCUUGUUGUUUGUGUAAAGAUGGGACAGCUUCAAACCGAUUUAUACAACAGUUUUAUAAGAAGUGAUAGUAUAAAAAGGUCUAUGCAAGAAAAAGAAAACGCAUCUGACAAGAAAGGAAGUCUUUCGGCCCUAUCGGCGAUAACACUUCUAAAGAAGUUAUGCAAUCAUCCAGACUUGGUUUAUGAUAAAAUAACACAGGGCUCUGAAGGUUUCGAAGAAGCAGCUAAACUCCUGCCUUCAAAUUAUAGUACAAAGGAAGUCAUGCCGGCUCUGUCGGGUAAAUUGAUGGUCCUAGACUGCUUGCUUGCUUCAGUGAAGUCAACGACUACGGAUAAAAUCGUCCUGGUCUCAAAUUAUACUCAGACGCUGGAUCUUUUUGAAAAACUCUGCCGUAAGCGUGGCUACCGUUACGUGCGAUUAGACGGUACAAUGACAAUAAAGAAACGUGCAAAGGUCGUGGACAAUUUCAACGAUCCCAACAGCGGCGACUUCAUCUUCAUGCUGAGUUCAAAAGCUGGUGGCUGUGGUCUCAAUCUGAUUGGUGCUAAUAGAUUAGUAAUGUUCGAUCCCGAUUGGAAUCCUGCCAACGAUGAUCAGGCUAUGGCUAGAGUCUGGCGAGAUGGCCAGAAGAAACCAUGCUUUGUCUACCGACUUCUGUCUACUGGGACCAUCGAAGAGAAGAUAUUUCAAAGACAAGCGCAUAAGAAAGCACUAAGUUCUACUGUCGUUGAUCAGGAAGACGACGUUGCUAGGCAUUUCACUUUGAAUGACCUUCGUGACCUUUUUAGUCUUGAGGAAAAUACGAUUUCUGAUACCCAUGCAAAGUUCAAGUGUAAGAGAUGCGUUAAUGGGGUAGAGGUGAAGGGUCCACCUGAGAAUACUGAUUGUAAUUCUGAUUUAUCUGACUGGAGACACGCUCACAAUCCACGUACCCUGCCAGAUUUAUCAUUGAGACAAUGUUGGUCCAGUGGAAUCUCAUUCGUGUUCCAUCAUAGAUCACACGAGCAAGUGAAAUGAGAAUUUUAGGAUUGGCUUCAGGACCUCGUUGAUGUCUUCUUUGGGCUUCCCUGUACUCGGCUGGCGCAUCUUGUCCUGUUCAAGAGUCUUAGUCCACUUGUUAAAUUUGUCCGUCAAGGUGUUACCUUCUUGGAAGGAUUUCACCGUGUUGGCGAGUUCCUGAGUCCCAAAGGAAUUGUAGAGAUUCAACCGUGAAUUUUCAUCAUGGACCAGAUGUUCCCUGUUCUUGGAAGAGUCCAUUAAUAUAUAAUAAAGUGUUAUUUAGAUUCCAAUUACGAAUUGAAUAAUAUAAAUAAGAAUCAAAGUGAAAAUGGCUGUGUGCUGGAUAGCUGAAUAACUUUUUCAAUAAAAUUAUUCUUUAAAAAAACGUA